GAUGGCGGACAAGUCYGUGAGUGUCGAUGCUGUGCUCAAUGUCGCAAGAAAUCGAUUUAAACCCAUAGAUGUCGCAAAAAAUGUUGAUCCAGAAUUCGAUAUAGGAAACAUGCUGAUGACAGAUUUACAGCCAUUGAACGUGGACCAAUUAAGAAAGAACAAGGAAGAAUAUUUAUUGAAUCUAGCAAGAGAUAACACACAGCUGCUUUUCAAUAAGCUAUGGCAGCUACCUGUUGAAAGAUCUGAGAAUGUUGUUGUAGCUCAGCUUACAGAACCAGAAACAGUAAUUCCUAGAGAAAAACCAAUACCCAAGCCUAAACCUUUAACAAAGUGGGAAGAAUUUGCAAGGCAAAAGGGAAUUAAGAAAACAAAGAGAGAAAGAAAGCUAUUUGAUGAGGCAAAAGGAGAAUAUCUACCAAGAUAUGGAUAUAAGCGGACUAAAGAUGAUACUCAGGAUUGGAUUGCAGAAGUUCCAGCAAAUGCAGACCCAUAUGAAGAUCAGUUUGAAAAACGAAAUAAGAAAAAGAAAGAACUUGUUGCCAAAAAUGAAUAUCAAAGACUUCGAAAUAUUGCAAGACAUAAAAAGAUCAAAAUUCCAGAUAAGAAUUUACAACCAUCUUCAAAAACAACAAAGGAUCAACUUCAGGCAAACAUUACAGCAGUAAGAAAAGCAAAUGCUUCUAUUGGAAAGUUUGCAAAAACUCUGGACAAAGAAAAAGUACCAAAAAAUCCAGAAGGACGAAAACGACAGUUUGAGAAAGUCUCUGGAGAUUUUACAAGUGAAAAAAAGAAAAGUAUGGAGGUAGUUGAGAAAAUGUUCAAGAAAACCCCAACACUGRAUUUAAACAAGGCUGUUGGUCAACAUUUAGCACAGACACAGAAAAGCUCUGCAAAGAAGAAAAAAGGCGGUGACAAAAAGAAAUCCCAAAAAAGGUCAAGCAAAAGACCAUCAAAACAAGGCAAAAAAGGCAAAAAGACUUGAAAUUUGGACAUUUUUUACUAUCAAACUAUAAAUAUUAACAGAAAUUCCAGAAUGCAAAUGUAAUUGAGUCCAUGAUUUCUUCAAAACACGUUUGUCAUGUUUUACAAAAAACUCGAGGUAACUUCAUUCUAUAAAUUGGAUGGUUUUCCUUCCUACACCGUAAACCCGUGAAAUGCACUUUGGCAAACCAUACUUUAUUAUUCUACGUUGUUCUUUUUUUCAGUGUUGUUUCGGUGGAUUUCAUUAGCCAUUACAUUUUGUUUCACGGGUUGAGGAAUAUCAGCCAAACAUGUAUCUCUCUAGUCACAUGAAGAUUUAGCAAUACAUCACCGCUACGGCACGGUACGGUCACAGCGCGAAAUCCUACAGUCCAGUAUUAUAGUAAACUAUUGUAUAACAAUGCUGUACAGUUGCUGUACACUAACGAGGGGGAGAGACUARCACUACUAGCUAUUGGAGUAUCCAGCUAUAUCAACAGGCAAGCUAAGCAUAGGUCACGGGUACAUCCUACAUUUGCACGCAGGUGACAUUUUCGACGCAUUCCAUUUGCCAGAACUAACCGGCCAUACUUAAACACAAUGACAUUAUAAUUAAUUCCUGAUCGUGCAGAAGAAUAAAUUUCUAUCAGUAUUUCAUCCCUUUAUCUUAUCGUUUGAUGGAAAACUUUAAAAAUUACUGAAAAGUCUCGACAAAAGGUAUUCUUUACCUCUUUUAAGAUGUACCGCUGGCCGGCCAGUUAUGACUAAAUGGACAGUGGCCUUUGAAAGUGAACACUUCGUUCUACUGGUGAGAUUUGAAUAAACCGAGUGAGAAAGCAAAGACCAAUAUUUAACAGCUUGAAUUAAACAUGAUCUUUUUUGGGUAAA